UCUCUCAAUUGCAAUAUUCCAAGUGAUAUAUAGAAAGUAGAAGAGGAGAAGAAAGAUAGUUUGGCAAAGGAAAGGAAAAAAUACUCCAGAGAAAAAAAAAAUGAGUAGUGAAGAGAGAAACAUCGAGCGUCAACAUGGAAGGGAUUACCAUGACCCGCCACCAGCUCCUCUAUUAGACAUGGGAGAGCUGAAGCAGUGGUCAUUCUACAGAGCCUUAAUUGCAGAGUUUAUUGCCACCUUUCUCUUCCUUUUUUUCUCUGUGUCCACCGUUGUUAAUUACAAGGAGCCUAAUUAUACUGACCAAUGUAGUCGUGUUGGCCAUCUUGGCAUUGCUUGGGCCAACGGUGGCAUGAUUUUUGUGCUUGUCUACUGCACUUCUGGAAUUUCUGGUGGCCAUCUUAACCCUGCGGUAACAUUCGGUAUGCUCGUAGCAAGGAAGAUGUCGCUGAUUCGAGCAGCUGCCUACAUGCUGGCACAAUGCCUUGGAGCUAUACUUGGCCACUUGUUUGUGUUCCUCUUCAUGUAUGCUGAUGAACAGCAGAGCUCGGUUGGUGUUGUUAACGUUGUUUCGCGUAACUACUCCAAGGGUGCAGGAUUAGGAGCUGAGUUCAUUGGCACUUUUGUCCUUGUCUAUACUGUCUUCUCCGCCACCGAUCCUAAGCGGAACGCUCGCGACUCCCACGUGCCUGUUUUGGCCCCAUUGCCUAUUGGUUUUGCUGUGUUUGUGGUGCAUUUGGCUACAAUUCCCAUCACUGGAACUGGCAUCAAUCCUGCUAGAAGCCUUGCUACUAAUUUGCUUCAUCGUAGCACUGCAGAAGCCAUGGACGAUCUGUGGAUUUUCUGGGUUGGGCCUUUUCUUGGAGCACUGGCAGCUGCAGUGUAUCACAAAUACGUACUGAGGGCAGGAGCUGUUAAAACUUUGAAAUCGUUCCGAGCUUUGGGUUCCUUCGGAAGCCAACCACCCGUCUGAGGGGUCAAAACUUCGGGGUUGUUCCGAGCUUAGGGGUCCUUAAUUUGGCAGCAAACCUUCCGGCUAACGGGCUCAACAAAAAUGCAUCGGCUUCUUCAGCAAUUCUUAAUUCUACUCUGAUUCAUUAUCCGGUUCCUGUAUACCAUUCUGAUUUACUUGUGUGUAUUUGUGUAUAUAUGAUCUGUAGCCAAGGUGGGCAAAGUGCAUCUCUGUUCCUUGCUGUGUUCAAGAUCUGUAUGUAACCUCAAGCCAUUUACUAUUCUUUUUAUUCACUAUCUUUUUUUCCUUUCCA